UCGUAUUAACAUGUCGCCUAUUAGCUACCUUUUCCUCGGACUUUUGGCGUUUUACAAAGGUAAUUACGACGAUUUACCGUCUUUUCCUAUCUUUACCGUGGCUUGCCUACAAUUCUCAACUCGAUAAUUGGAAAAUUGCAAUUUAUAAACGCAAAGCUUUAGCUAAAUAAGGCAUUUUAUCCUGACACCGGUUUUGUUUCGGACUCGUAUUUUUCAUGAUUUUACUCAGAAUGGUGAUUGACCUAAUUGUUAUUUAUAAAAUUCGUAGAAGUGACCUGCGAUGUCUCGCAGGAACCAAGAAUAGUUCGAGGCAAUCUAACUCGACUCGGUAAUUUCCCAUAUCAGGUGUCACUUCAAUUGUAUAAUAAAAUGUAUUGCGGGGGUUUCAUUAUUGACAAUUACAACGUUCUCACUGCUGCACAUUGCAUUUCAGAUUAUAGGAAUGAUCCCAACAAAUUCAGCGUAGUAGUAGGUAGCGUGAACCUCAGUGAUCCAACAGCUUCAGGUAAAAGGUAUCAAAUCCGUCAAAUAAAGGUUCAUCCGAAUUACCGAUCCAACAACGGAUGGCCAAACGACAUAGCCAUGUUACGGCUGGUAACACCCAUCAUUUUCAAUAACUACGUGAGACCGGCUGUGUUGCCGGCACGAAACGAAACAUUACGGCAUGGUCAACCGGCCAUAGUGUCCGGAUAUGGACAGCUGAACGACACAAGUAGGUUAUCCCCGAUACUGUACACAACCAAAGUGUUCAUCGAGAGCAACAGUAAUUGCCAAAAAUUCUAUGGCUCUCAAUAUCCGAUUCAAUCGACAAAUGUUUGCACACGACAUCCUAACCAAAUUACAGGUUUUUGCAGAGGAGAUUCCGGUGGUCCAUUGACAGUAAAUGGCAAAGUUGUCGGAAUAGUAUCGUACUCUAUUGAGAAUGGUUGUGCUGGAAGAUCAAGGGGUCCGCAAGUCUACACCCGCGUUAGUGAAUAUAUCAACUGGAUCGAAUACUGUCGCAAAUAAUAUUUUUACCUAAUUUGCAAUGCCAGAAAAUGUCACCAUUUCGUUUACCGUGCA